AUGUCGUCACUAUCCAUUAUGUCAAGUGGACCUCAACAAUCUGCCACAAGUUGUUGGAGUAGGCCUGAGUUUUUGGAAGCGAAAUCAACUGCACUGAAGCAACUUCAAAAGGAAGAGGGUUUCGGUGCAGUAAAAUUGGAGGUUGAUGGGAAAUGUUUCACUGCUCAUUUGGAGAUCCUGUGUGCUGCUUCCGAGUUCUUCGAUAAAGUUAUUCGGCAUGAUAUAACUACGAAUGAAGUGGUCACAGUCCACAACAUUGAUGCUUCAACCUUUUCUCUCUUACUUGAUUUCCUUUAUACCGGCGAUCUGGAUGUAACUUUAGCCAACCUCUUGGAUGUGUAUGUGGCCGCCGAUUUCCUUGUUUUGGCUCCUGCUCUUGUAUUGUGUCGCAGUAAACUCGUUGAAAAUUUCCUCUCUCAUCCGUUAUCUCAGGAGGUAUCUGAUCUAGCUGCUGAAAUUAUAACUCGUUAUAACGAUUCUGAAGUCUUUGCACAUUUGUGCAACAAUCAAGACUUGUUUGGUAACAUAGGUAAGUGUGCCUUUGCAGGCAACGUUGAUUGGGUGAGUUGGGAUAAGAUUACAACAUGUGAGGAUUUUCCUCCUGGCGAAUGGACAAUUUCUGAAAUCACCUUCUACCUUAUCCCCUCGUGGGGUGGAACUCCUGGCCUGAUCGGAGGGGUCGAUGUUGAAUAUCGGAAUAUUUGGUCAGAGGAACGGCGAAAGUUUCUUUGCGACCUCGCCUCAAGGCACCCAGCUCCUUACGAAGUGCAAUCUCUUAAACUGGAAGACUCGGAAACCAUUCGAAGCGUGGAAAUGCACAGUGGCUGGCUCGUGGACUCAAUGAAAUUCAUGACCUCACAGGGCCGUGUUUUGGGGCCUUUUGGGCGCAGCAAAGGAGGCGGCAAGAGGGAAAUCGACCCAGGUAGGAUGAAGCGAUUUACCCACAAAUUUGACACCGACAUCACCCCCCUCGCCUUGCACGGUUUCAGCUACUGCCUCGUGCGCACUCUUGGCUGCCUCUCCUGGUUCAACCUCAGGCGUUUUGUGCAAUUGGAGUGGACCAUGGUAGGUAUAUCAGGUAGAAUCUCUAGAUUUUUGGCACAUAGUGAAAAAAACUUGAUGGAGAGUGUUCGUGACAUGCUAACGGAUUGCUUUCCUGCCGUCAUUCCUCUCCAAGAACCAACGGAGGAACUUGUUGUUUGGGCUAAGUUCGAAAACUGCCCCAGCCAAUUUACAGGAAACGAGAAGUACUCCUUCCUUCUUAUAAUUAGCACUAAUCGUGGCUUUUAUAUCUGGGCUGUAACACGUAAUGGGCAAGCGUCUUUACUCUUUUCAAGAAUGGGAUUCUAUGCGCUUGGGGCGAAGCUACUCGUUUGUCCGCACGACCGAAGACUGAAAAUUACUAAUGUUUUCCUUCUGUCUCUCCUUGAUCAGCCCGUCUAUCACCACUUAUCGCGUUGUGGUGAUGCAAGCGGGGAUUCUUCGAAACCCGUGGCUUCAACGGUCCUCAGCGUUAAUAAGCGUAUUUGGGACGGUCUCUCCGCUCUUGCCAGCUCCGUUGCAAUAGGAGGACCCAACCUACCCUCCCGCUACCCACAUCUAGUUCGACGCCAGUCGAUUGACUUCGCCGCCGACCCUGCGGCCCCAGCUUCAACCUUCUCGAGCUACGUUUCUGUUGUUGAUCUGGUCCAACUCACUGAUAAUUACAGUGCCUUUGAGAACCAGAAACUACUGCAUUCCCCGCCUCUCGAAGAGACUGGCGUGGCGGGACAAGCCAAGCCAGAGACAAGCGCCAUCACCAACCCCGCGUACCCUGUGCUGCAGCGCCCUCACGUCUGUUCCACUUUAAAGCGCUAUCGUGAUUCACCCUCCUCAUUGCAGUGCGCGGGCCCCUCCGAUACAUGGGAGUCUCAGGGAACCAUUUUAUCCCAUAAGAAUGCCUCGUUGGAUGUCCACGAAUUCGCCGACAAUGGGGCUCUUGUUGCUCACUUCCUGCCCCACUGUUGUGCUACUUCUCAAGCAGGCGAUCAUCCGACUUCUCGGCUUUUAGGCUCACCGAUGGGCGAACGUGGGCUACUUGGAGUUCGACUCGACCGGUUCACUGCUUUUUACCGCGUGCAUUCAGGGUCACGCCUUCCACGUGUUUCGUAUAUCAAAUCACCCUCAGGACCCUCGGCAGACCGCCGUCCACCACCUCUACAUCCUCAAUCGCGGCUCAACAACUUGCGAGGUGAGUAUUCACCGGGGCACAAGCCACUUUGA